AUGUCGGCUCAGCCAUGGGGCUACAGGUGGCGCUCAUCACAGGCAUUCAUUGUAUUCACUGCGGUGCUUGGGCUCUUCUCUGAGACUUUCCUAUACGGGUUCAUCGUACCGAUCCUGAGUUAUAUGCUCGAGGACCGUCUGCAAUUGCCUCCGUCCCAGACACAAUGGCUCACCACCGCACUUCUCACAUCCCACGGAUUUUUCGCCAUGGCAUCUGCUCCGAUCAUUGCUCACUUUGCGGACAAGACAUCCGAUCGCAAAGUGCCUUUACUUCUUGCUCUGGCUGGCUGUGCGACCGGAACGCUGUUGGUCGCCAUUUGCUCUUCUCUCUGGCUGCUCUUCCUUGGUCGCAUGAUACAAGCCGUAGCUGGGUCAGCGGGCUGGAUUGUAGGCUUCGCAACCUUGACAGACAAUAUCCGAUCGGAACACGUCGGUAAAGCCCUCGGCACAGCGAUGUCAUUCGUGACGGCCGGAGUGAUCAUGGGUCCAAUGGUUGCUGGCGUACUGGUCCAGCUACUGGGAUACUGGGCGGCAUGGUGCGCACCGUUCAUCCUUCUCGGCAUGGACUUUGUAGCGAGACUGCUCAUGAUCGGGAAGAAUGAUACACAGAGCGAAUCCUCAGAAGACGCGGCGAGUGAUGAAAACGAAGCCCUACUUCCCCGAAAGGUCUCCAGUCCAUCUGAUCCAGAGCAAGGAUGUACAGAGUUGACGGGCCCGGGGUUUUAUCGCAUUGUGCUAUGCGAUAUCCGUAUCAUUGCGGCGCUGCUCAAUCUGUUCAUGUUCUCAUUAAUCAUAUCUGGAUUCGACGCCACAUUGCCACUUCAUCUACGGAAAAUAUUCAACUGGGGCCCAUUGCCGAUCGGUAUGAUAUUCCUUGGGAUCCAAGUUCCCGGCAUGAUCUUGGGACCGGUAGUCGGAUGGCUUCGUGACCGAGUAGGACUGCGCUACCCGACCACCGUCGGAUGGGUGCUUAUGGCACCCCUACUAUGCGUUUUGGGAAUGCCAGGAACAGGAAUUGACUGGAUAAGCUAUGGAGAUAAUGGAAAGGUCGUCUUCAUUGGUGGGAUGAUUGCGAUCGGUGCUGUCGCUCCGCUAGUUCGCGGAGCAGGAACGUUUCAAUUAAUAGCUGUGACGAAUGACCUACAAGCAGAGAAGCCUACUCUCUUCGGACCUCACGGAGGCAGCUCAAGAAUCUUCUCAAUCACCGAAGUCACAUUCAAUAUGGGAGCAAUGCUUGGGCCUCUCUUCUCGGGAGCUAUCGUGGAAGAAUUUAGUUUCUCUACGAUGGUUCGCACCUUGGGUAUCCUCUCUCUCGCUGUCGCUCUGGCCUGUUUCAGAUACCUUUCUAAGGAAUGCCCCAAGCGACGCUAG